CCACUGGUGAACUCAAUGAAUACUUUGAGAAGAUGCAUGAGAAACAGGGUCGACCGCUGCCGCUUCUGCUCAAAAACCAAUAUGGCGAACCAAAACAUAACCACAAAAAUGUGUGAAGACAAUCCCGUAUUUAAAUAUUUAUGCCCCAGUUUACUUUCUGAGAAAGAUAUACUAGAAGAAUUGAAAGCAAGAUGUUUUAAAAUUAAAGGCUUGGAGCGAAAAAGUAAAGAUGAACUUACUGAAAUUUUUAUUCGGCAUCUAAUGCCCCUGCCACAACGAACUUUCCCUAAUAAUCAUCAUGGCAAGCUCAUCAAUCAGAUGAUUCAGAAGGAAGGUUUCUUAUCCAGACGGGCUGGAAGAUCAGAGGAAAGAAAAACUUCGUUACAGUUCGGAUUUAGUGACAAAAUUAAACAAGAUUCUAAAUCGUCGUCAUUAGUGGGAGCUGGAAGUUCUUCCUCACCCUCCGGUGACCGUUUAAAGCCACCAAUUGACUCCCCUCAUCUACAGACGCGGAGGAUAUCUUUGACAAAGUCAACAUCAUCUUCAUCAAAUUCUUCCUUAGACAAAGUUAUUAUUAAAGACAGGUCGAAGGAAAGAAAAAAUUCCUUAGAAUCAGAUGGUCAGAGAAACAGCAGUGAAGUUAAAGAAACUGAGCCUAAAAAAGUGGAACUUAAGAGGUCACAUUCUACUGAGAGUAAUGAAGACACAUCUCCAUCUAAAAAAUCAAGGCAAAGAAUUGCUUGGCCAUAGGUAUUUUUAUUUAAUUUCAUUAUAAUUUUUUGUUUUUUCCAAUUGGUUUUUGAUUGGGAACAAUGUGUUAAUUGAAUGAAUUCAUGAGUACAUGGGAUUGUUGAACA